UUCAUCACAGAGACGAUGGCCUGGCUGCUGUGGACAGUCUGUAUCCUGCUCUGCUGCCCCGCCCUGCUGGACGGGAGGGCUUCAGAGUACCAGCUGGAGUCGGAGAUGCUGAGCAGAUGUGAGUUACUGCGGAACGUCGCUGCAGGAACCAAACAGGGAGACGUUCCUCACUGUUCAGAGGAUGGCAGCUUCAGAUCUGUGCAGUGCAGUGGGAAGAGUCAGGAGUGCUGGUGUGUUGACUCUGAGGGUCAGGAGGUCACCGGGACUCGAACAGCCAACUCUGCUCCUCACUGUCCGUCUCCCUGCCAGCUUCAGUCGCUGCUGCAGUGCUCUCCCUCUGGCCUCUUUGAGUCAGUUCAGUGCGACUCCAGCAGAGGGCAGUGUUGGUGCGUGGACAAGGAUGGCAUGGAGCUGUACGGGACCCGGCAAACUGGGAGACCCCGGCGCUGUCCUGGCAGCUGUGAGGUGAGGUCCAGGCGUCUCCUUCACGCCUCAGCUUCUUCUCCUCCUCAGUGCGCGGCAGAUGGCAGCUUCCUUCCUGUUCAGUGUAAAUUCAUCAACAUGACAGACAGAACGGAGCUGGACCUGCUGCACGACUUCAGCAGAUCUCCACAAGCCUUUGAGACGUUCAGUAGCUUCAGGAGAUUUUUCCCGCUCGUUUCCUCGUACUGCUUCUGCUCAGACAGCCGCGGCAGAGAGCUGGAGGGCACAGGUGUGGAGCUCCUCAUGUCUGAGGUGUACGACUCUGCCUUCUCUGGUCUGGGGUCUGCUCGUUCCUUCUCUCAGACCAACGUCUACAGAGUCCUGCAGAGGAGAAUGCUGGGAGUCCGCCUCGCCCUCACAGGACAUUUCAGAUGUCCGUCUCAUUGUGAGGAGGAGCGGCGUGCAGCUAUGGAGUCGUCCAGCGUUUUCGUUCCAUUCUGUGAAGCUGAAGGAUCGUUCAGAUCUAAACAGUGUCAGCAGGGGGCGCAGUGCUGGUGUGUCGACCCCACAGGGAAAGAGAUUCCUGGGACACGACAGCUUGGAGACUCCUUGGUCUGUGGUUCUGGUCUUGCGGACUGUCCCACUCAGCGCCGUCUGGCUCUGUCCCAGCUCUUCUCAGGUCCCAUCCGUCCUCCAGCAGAAUUCUCCUCUGGUGCAUCUCCAGCGUCCUGUCUCUCCCUUCUCCGUCCUCUCAGGGACCUUGUGUCGGUGGAUGUGGGUCCAGCCUUUCUGUAUCAGCUGAUUGAAGUCCUCCACGGUCUCUUUCCUUCCGUGAGUAGAGCUCUAGAGGCUCUGACCCGCUCCACACCCCGGCGCCUUCAGGAGAACCUGUUUGGAGGGAAGUUCCUGAAGAACGCAGCAGACUUUAACUUCAACGGGGUGGUGGGAACUCGAGGAGUUCUUGGUUUGGAUCAACUGUCCUCUCAGAGCAUUAGCCUGCAGAAGAACCGGGACCUGGUCCUGGCUGUGAGUCGAGCCCUGGAGGAUCCUGCCUUCCUGUCUGCCUUCCAGCAAACACUGAUGAGUGUCAGCAGCGCCCCCUCUGGGUCACUGCAGCAGGUCCUGACUCGUGUUCUGAGUUCCUGCUCUGAGAAAGAGGACGACUCGGCAGCCUUCUUCAUCCCUCAAUGCACAUCCAGCGGACGGUUCCAGCAGGUCCAGUGUCGGAAUGCAGAGUGCUGGUGUGUCGACUCUCAGGGUCAGGAGGUGCCGGGGUCUCGAACUGCAGGCCGGCCGCUUCGAUGUCCUUCCCGCUGUGAGAGAGAGCGAGCCACGGCCAUGAAGAUAAAAUCAAACAUGGCCGCCGGCGCUGAAAUCCACGUCCCAGCGUGUUCAGAGGAAGGAGACUUCCUGCCGCUUCAGUGCGUCGGACCUCGCUGCUUCUGUGUGGAUGCUGAGGGGAGGAUGAUGGCUGCCGGGUCAACAGAGGGCGCUGUCACAUGUCCAGAGAAUAAAACACAGAAGCUUCAGUCGUCUGCAGGUCGCUGCUCCAAGGCGCUCGCUGAGGUCACUGCAUUCAGACAGGAAGUGGAGAGCAUCAUCAUCCUCUCUAACUCCUCCCAAUUCCCUGUGGGAUACGGAUUUUUAUUGGCCGAAGGUCUGAGCCUUACCCCUGAGGAGCUGCAGAUGAGCCAAUCAGAGGAGGAGUUAAAAGUGUCAGAGAAGCUACUGAGCCGCUCCAAAUCUGCGCUGCGAUUGGCUGCUUUCUCCACUGUUCAGAUGCUGCUGCCUCCUCACCGUCGCUCCUACCAGCUCUUUACUCCACAGUGUGAUGCUGACGGAAACUGGAGGCUCACUCAGUGCUACCACAGCACAGGUCAAUGUUGGUGUGUGGAUGAAGAAGGAGAGUACAUCCCUGAAUCUCUGAGCAGCCGCUCACUCAGCCUGCCACAGUGUCCCACUCGCUGUCAGAGAGCUGAGGCUCACUCGCUGCUCUCUGAUUGGAUGAAAGCCUCUGACAUCACCACCUCACCACGUUACCACCCACAGUGUGAGCAAGAUGGUCGCUUCUCGGUGCUGCAGAUAGGAGGCGCUGCAGGCUGGUGUGUGAACCCGCUGACAGGAGAGAUGUUGAGAACCGCAAAACGGAGCGCCACUGGAGAGUUGACGUGUCCCAGCUGGUGUGAGCUGCAGGGUCUCCAGUGUCGCCCUGACGGUUCCUUCUCGCCGCUGCAGUGUGAUGUCACUUCCUGUUGGUGUGUUUCUGAGGAUGGCCAGGAAGUGGCUGGGACACGAACACUUCGACAGACAGGACACACGCUGUUAUGUGACCGUCCGCUUUGUCCCGCCCCCAACAUUACCCAUGGUGCACUCUUGUGCCUUCCAGCAGCUGCUGAUCGUCAAAGCUGUGACCUCAUCUGUCACCAUGGUUACCAGAACUCACUUCCUGUUAGCAGCUUCCUGUGUGGGGCGGAGAGUCAUCAAUGGGAAGGAAACAACAGACCUUUGAGUGGAGCCUGUCAAAUCUCUCAGCCUCUCCAGUCGGUGUCGUCCUCCCAGCUCUGGUUACUGUUGGAUUCGUGCUCUCAGAUCAGCAGUUUACAGUCUAUGUUGUUCAACAUGCUGACCAGCAGGGGGCUCUGCUCUGCACAGCUUACAUCAGGCCGGGUCGUGGCUUUGUGUGACGACUCGUCUGUGGGUCUGCAGUGUGAUGGCAGUGACUCUGUGAGGUUGAUGCUCAGAUGGACCGUGUCCCUCUUUGACCUCCCGACCUCUGACCUCCCUGACCUCCACGAUAUCGCGACAUUCUUGAAUGAGUCCAGACUUUUGGAAGGAGUUCAAGGAAUUCUGGGUAAACUCCGCUCCACGCUGACCUCUGAUCCCAAACUGAUUUCCGUGGUGCCGCCGAGCUUUGGUUGUUCCCAUGGUUACCGCCUGGACAGUGAUGGAGAGGGCUGCAUUGUUUGUCCGGUUGGCAGCUUCUUCCAGCAGGGGGCGUGUCUUCUCUGUCCUCAGGGAACCUAUCAGGACAAAGAAGGGCGGGACACUUGCGACAAGUGUCCACGAGGCUCCUCCCCUGCAGGCUCUUCAUCAGCUAGUCAGUGUGAGACGGACUGUGAGAGGCGGGGCCUGCGGUGUUCACAGCAAGGCGAUUUCCUGCCUGCUCAGCCCGAUUUCCUGUCUGGCAGGUGGAAGUGUUUCAGCAGCGAGGGGGCGGAGCUUGAGUGGACCACCAGUGAUAAGCUUCUGACAGACGAUGAAUGCUCAGUUCUCAGCAGGUUCCAGACUGUUCCUGGAUCAGACCUGAUGGUCAGAACUGAAAAUGCUGAGGUCCUGAGGACCAUGACCUCUGACCUCUCUACCUGUGUCCAGGCUUGUGCAGCAGAGCCGUCCUGCCACCAUGUGGCGCUGUUCGACAGGCAGACUCAGUGUGAACUGUACAGCACACACACACUGAAUACUCUCUGCAACUCUUCCCAGCAGGAUAUCUCUGUGUCUCUGCAGGGCAGUGGGUUUCUGGGUAAUCCCCAGGUCGAGCGGUUCCAACUGCUGAACUGCUCUCUAAGCGUAAGGGGCGGAGCUUCAGAUCUGCUCGUCCUCAGGAAAAACGGGGUGGAGCUUUCCUCACAGCAGCAGCAGCAGAGGUUUGUGAGGAUGAGGAUGAGGAAGGCGGUCUCAGGCGUCUUCAGGACUCAGGUGUUUUCUUCCAGGACCACAUCUCUAUCCGACGCUCACCGUUUCUGUCAGGACGGCUGCAGCCGGGACGCCUGCUGCGACGGAUUCAUCUUGAACCAGAACAUCCUGGAUGGAGGUUCACUGCUUUGUGGUUGGCUGAGAGCUCCAUCAGUUCUUAUGUGUGAGGACCAAGACUGGGAUGUGAUUGGACAGGGACCAGCCAAUAGAAUCUGUGGGACGGGGCUUACCUACGACAAACAGCAGCAAAGCUUCGUGUUUGACUUUGGAGGAGAAAAGUUCACCAUCACUGAUGACGCUCUGCCUGCCGACAGCAAGAAUAAAAAGGACUAUCAGGCCUCCAUCAUCAGCUUCCAGGCCAUCUACCUGAACACAGACUCAGCAGCUGUUGGUUCUGAAUCUUCUUCCUGUGGUGCAGUAGAAUUUACUUCUCCUCUGAAUGCGUCCGUACAGUUGGGGUUUGAGUCUCUGUCCAACGAUGACGUCCUUGUGGAUCAUCAGACAAAACUACCUGUUCUCUCCUUCUGGCUCAAUAAAAACGACUACAGCUCCCAGCAGGCACUGCUCUGGUGUCUCACACGUUGUGAUGAAGAGGAGCAGUGUUCAGUUGCUGACCUCAGAGAAGCAGAAUCAGACGGUUUCUUCAGCUGCUCCUUGUAUCCUGACACCAGAGUUUGUGGAGCUUAUGACCAACCUAUAAAACGACCCUGUCGCCCCCUGCUGGUUACACUACCCAAUAACACCUACAGCAAGAAGGUGGAUCUGAGCAGACCAGUUCAGAGUUUUUAUGAGCGAGUUCCCUUCCAGAAGAUGGUUUCAUACUCUGUGAGGAACCGGGUCACCCUGAGAGGGACCCAGCUGCUGUCUGAGGGGUUCAUGGAGUGUGAGCGCCGCUGUGACGAGGAUCCCUGUUGCCGUGGUUUUGGGUUUGUCAUUGAGACCAAAUCAGGAGAUCUCCUGUGUCUACCUCUGAUCAGUCUCGGGGUUCAGACCUGCAGCAAAGAUGACACCACAACCUGGAGGACUCAGGACUGUACACCUUCUGAAGCAGAGACCACACCAGAGCCAUUCGGCUGGUACCAGAAACCAGUCAAUCAGUGGACAUCAUCUCCAGCUCUGUGUCCUGUGUUUAGAUUAAGGAACCCCAAAAACAACGUCUCGAUGGAUGGCUGGAGGCUCCUCUCGGACUCUUCACUUCUGAUUGACUCAUCUCUCUCUACGUAUGAUGUCAUCCAUAUGAGCCGUGACAUCGCCUCUGACCGGGAAAAGACCAGGGACUGGUGUCUCCAUGCCUGCCAGGAAGCGGAGUCUUGUGUUGCCGUGUCACUCAGCGAGGCGGAGUCUGCUGUUCGCUGCAUCCUGUACCCAGACACCACAGCCUGCGGGUUAAGCUCCGCCCCAGGCUCCCUCAGCCCUGCUGCCUCGUGCAGACUAGUGAUCAGAGAGCCCGCCCUCGAAGUCUACCUGAUGACAGAGCAAUCACCACAGGCUACAUCCAUCUCCGUUCCUGGUCAUGGGAUGCUGCAGGGUGUUGCCAUAGAAACAGCCAUCGGAUCAGAUAAAAGGAGAGUGAUCCAGUUCCUAGGAGUCCCAUAUGCCCGUCCACCAAUAGGACCGCUCCGCUUUGAGGCAGCGCAGCCAGCUGAUUGGACAGGAAUCUGGGACGCCACCAGACCCCGGCCCAGCUGCGUUCAGCCAGGAGAUGUUGAGACCGCAACUUCCAGUGAGGAUUGUCUCUACCUGGACAUCUUCACUCCUGCUACUCUGAGAGGGCGUGUCCCUGUCCUUGUUUACUUCUUCAACCCUUCAGCCAACCAGAACCAGAAUCUGUUGACUGGCUCCGCCCUUGCUGCUCUGGGUAACAUCGUCGUGGUAACGGCCAGCUAUCGGACUGCAGCGUUGGGAUUCCUGACUGCAGUUGGUCUCCAUGGUAACUACGGCCUGUCGGACCAGGAGGCGGUGCUUCGUUGGGUCAACACCCACAUUUCCCUGGUGGGCGGAGACAACCAGAAAGUGACGGUGGGAGCGGAGCGUCAUGGUGCCGACAUCAGCAGCCUUCAUCUUCGUUCCUCCACUCCUCUGUUCCAGCGAAUGAUCCUGAUGGGAGGCUCCAUUUUCUCUCCAUCUUUGGUUCAAACUGCUUCUGCCUCCAGACGUCAGGCGAUCGAUUUGGCUCGAGAACUUGGCUGCAAGACCUCUGACCUCCCCGAUGAUGACCUGAUGGUUGCCUGCCUCAGAUCAACUCCUGUUCACAAGCUGAACGCCGCUCAGACCAAACUGCUGGCGGUCAGCGGCCCUUUCCAGUCCUGGUCUCCGGUCCGGGGCUCCGUGUCCGAGUCCACCUCCUUCCACAGAGUUGAUCUGCUGCUUGGAACAUCAGAACAUGAUGGUCUGAUCAGCAGAGCUCGCAGAAUAAAGGACUUUGAGGCUCUGCAGGGUCGAGCUGACGGGAAGACGGCGUUCUACGAGGCUCUGAGUCGUUCCCUGGGCGGAGCCUCAGAAAACGAGCUGCUGAAGGAGGCGGCGACCUGGUUCUACUCUCUGGACCACAGCCCGUCAGCUGCUGGUUACAACCUGUUUUCCAGAGCACUCAACAACGCCACCAGAGACCUGUUCAUCAUCUGUCCCACUGUGCAGAUGGCUCGCCACUGGGCCACCAGCGGAGUCAACGUCUUCCUGUACCACCAACCCACUUCCAGCGCUCAGGACAGAGCCGAUAUUUCUGUUCCUCUGGAUGUUCAGUUCAUGUUUGGGAUUCCUCUUCAACCAAUGAGUUCUCAGCGUUUCACCUCCUCUGACCGACGUCUUUCUUUGGCUGUGAUGACCUACGUUUCCAGCUUCAUACGGACCGGGAACCCAAAUCCAUCCCGUGUGUGGGCGGAGUCAGUUCUGCCUCGCUGGCAGCCAGUGUUUUAUUCUGAAGCUGUUCCCACCUACCUGGAGCUAAGCCCCGCCCUCCAGCAUCUACAGGGUCUCAGUCAGAACGCCUGUUCCUUCUGGAGGCAGCUGGGAACCAGAUUGACCAGUAAGACAGGUGAGUUGGGGGCGGAGUCUCUCCAGACUGCACUGAACCCUGAGCUCCCACUGGCUGCACCUUCCAGCCAAUCACAGACCAAGAAAGAUGCCUAUAACUGAUUACAUCAUCAGCACACA